AUGACCCUCGCUGCGAUGGAUCAUCAAUAGUGCAUGAAUUCCUCUCUCAUUGUGGCAUUUUCUUUCACCAUGUAGGGACCCCCCUCCCCAGUCGGUGUGACUGCAGGAUGGUCUACCUCGAAAUGGGACAAUCCUUUCUCGAACCGUUUCUAGCCCAGUGGGUCUCCGCAUCGACGAUCCCCAACCCAUCGCUCGACCGACAGGCGGUCGCUACGCAAUCGGGCCCCGACCGUUGAUUGAUUGAUUGAUUUCGGUUUGGGGAUUGAUACCGGACGAAUUCCGCUUCCAACACUACAUAGCAUACAGGGUAGGACAACUGUGGUUUAGAUUCCCCGUCCUCCUAUCGCCAUCAUGCCUCACGCCCCUGAACUGUCGACGCCGGCCGCGACGUUCACCGCUCUCGACGAGAAGCUGGAGGAGCCAGAUGUGAAAGCAGCAGCCAGUCUCUUGGACCCCUCGUCGAACCUAUCGGCGGAAUCCCUGCCCUACUGGCUGGUCAACGUUCCUCACCACAGGCGGCCGGCCGAGUGUCCGAACUUCCUUCUAGGUCAGCCUCCGAAGAAUAUCGAAAUCCUCUCGACCCCCGACGACCACUACAAGAAACAGGGGUGGGAUCUGGUGCAGGAGUUCAUCCGAACCAACCGGAUUGAUCGGUUCCAGCGACUCCCCAGCGAUCUGCGCAAAUACCUAGAGUACAAGGAGCGGAUUGUGGCCGAGUAUGGGUCCAUCAUGCGCUUUGUGGUCAAGGAGCGGCUACGCUGGGGGGAGGGGGGCGCCGACGACUUGAAACCGCGAGGGCGGCCUUUCGAAUACGAUGAGGACAUCCGUAUCCUUUUCAAUGACUGGCCGUAUGGGGUUGAAGACGGCAUCGUCCACUUGGUGGUAUGGACCAAGUUCGAGCUGGAAGACGACCCGGCGACGGAUGAUUUGACCCCACGCGCACGCCAGGAGAUUGACGACUAUGUGGGCAAGACGUUUCGCUCGCGGGUGCCGGCUGACCAGGUCAUCUGGUUUAAGAACUGGAAGUCGCUCAAGUCGGUCCACGCGGUCGAGCACUUCCAUGUUAUGCUGCAUCAUCCCGAUCCGGGAUUCCUGCAGGAGAUCACGGGCGGAGAUGUUGCUCUGAUCGACCGGGUUUGAGGCACUACAGCAGGAUUGGGGUGUCAUUCUUGGGGGUGUGGACUGUGAACUAGUAGAGCGUGGAAGGGACCCAUUACGGCAGACGAUGUGCAUAGACUAAUACCUUGCUACUAAGUAUAAUGGCGAUUACUGACUGGUUGUUGUUUCGGGCGAUGGCGUCACAUUUCGGGAAAUUCUCCUAAAGACACUAGACUAGAG